AUGGAAUUUUAUGACAGCGAUGGUAUUUCGACUGAGGUGGAUGAAGAAACAAAUAUUGUAUCCGCAAAGUGCUUACGAUGCAUUUGCGUUGCUGAAAGUGAUUGUAAUAUAAAUUUGAAGUGUGAUGACUCUGUUUGUGGUCCUUAUAAAAUCACUUUGGGAUUUUGGAUAGAUGCUGGUCGACCUACAGUAAAAGAUAAUGAUUAUUAUGUCGAGGACUAUGAAUAUAGAAAUUGUUCGAAUGAUAUGAAAUGUUCUGCUCGUGCUAUUGAAGCCUACAUGCAGAGAUAUGCUAAGGAUUGUAAUGGAGAUGGCGAAAUAAAUUGUGAUGAUUUUAUUCGAAUUCAUCAUAAUGGUCCACUCGGUUGUACCAAAUCUUUGCCUGAAAAUGUCAAAAAAGCCUAUGAAGAGUGCAUGCAACAACAAGGAUGA